AUGCGCGAUAAAGCGCUUCAACUGCGUCGAAUACUGGAAGACCGGAACGCUCAGCAACAGUGUGAUACCCAAAUAAGAGAAUCUCAACGUUACAUUGAUUACUUUUCUGAAGAGCUGCAACGGCUCAAGAGUAAAGAGCAUCGAUUAUCUGUUCCAAAGCAGGGAUCCAGCAAGCCAACCGACGGGGCGGAACCGGUUGGCCUAGAAGACGGUCAAAGUCGCACUUCCUCCAUGAACACACCUUCUCUAUCCGCCGCCAGCCAAAUAUCUCAGCUCCUCACCACCAACCCACGGACCCCGGAUGACGCACAACCCAGGGCAAAUAGCCUAUACGCACCACACUCAUUUUCCGAUCUUCCUAUAGAAAAGAAAAAGUACAUCAACCUAGAUCUUUUAAAAGCUGAUACGCCUAUCAAUCGUGCGAAGGUGUCACUGAAACUUCAUGAUUUGGAAUACAAAGUGGAUGUAGAAAGAAAAGUGCAAGCCGGCAUCAAGAAUCUGUCGCAAACCCUUGAACAUACCAACUCGACAGCAGCAGCCGACAAGAAAAGGAAAAUAGAACUUCAGGAGAAAAAAUGUGAAAGCAAAGAGAAAAUGGCCCUGUUGAAUGCUGCCGUACGAAAAUACAAGAAUCUGUACAUUGGCGAAGAAGAUAUGGAGGAAGAAAUGGAUGGCCAAGCGGAUUUGAUAGCUGCACGUCCCUUACGAGGCCAACCAGGAGUUCAUCGACCUGUCACGGGCAAACUUCGACUGAAAAUAACAGAAGCUCGUGAAUUAGCUCAUGCACCGACCCGCAUGUUCCGCGCCCCUCAAACCGUGGUCAUGGUGAAAGUGGAUGGCAAUGUUCACUGCCGUACAAGGCCUUCAAAAAAUGACAAAUGGGGCGAACUAUUCCAAAUGCAUGUGGAUAAAGCGACCGAGGUCGAAUUGCUGAUUUACGAUCAGUCGGGCGAUCGUACCUUGCCGAUCGGCCUUUUGUGGCUAAAAAUAUCCGAUAUCACCGAAUGUCUCCGCAAGCAGAAAUUAACCCUGGAGCACAUCGAUGCCAAUUGGGUGCCCGCCGAUGUAGCACAACAAGGUACAGCCUCCACCAACAGUGCCUCCUCCCACAUGGCGUCAAGUCAAGCCAGUGUAUAUGAACACGAUGACAAAGGAGUCACUACUACCUAUAACGUAUCCGACGAAGGUAUCACGGCAUGGUUUGACGUGGAACCUGUGGGACGCAUACUGCUGACAAUGAAUUUCGUACGUGAAAAUGUAAACAAACGCGCCAUGGAUAAACUUGGUAGAGCAGGCGCGGUGCGUGAACGAAAGGGAGAAGUGUUUGAAAUGAAUGGCCAUCAAUUUGUUGCGCGACGGUUCUAUCACAUCAUGCGUUGUGCUCUUUGCAGCGACUUCAUGACCAACCUUGUAUUCCAGUGUGAAGAUUGUGGAUUGGCAUGUCAUAAAAAGUGUUACACACGUGUUGUCACACGAUGCAUAUCACGACCUUCGACCAAAUCGGAUGGCGAAGAGCUGAAACACCGCAUCCCUCAUCGUUUUGAACCGCUUACCAUUAUUGGAGCGCAUUGGUGCUGCCAUUGUGGAUACAUGCUCCCGCUCGGUUUCCGUGGAGCACAGCGGUGUCACGAAUGUGGUGUGACCUGUCAUAAGAAGUGUGCACGCUUUGUACCUGACUUUUGCGGCAUGUCAAUGGAAAAGGCGAAUCUUAUGUUGAGCGAAAUGAAGGCGGCUAGCAGAAGAAGAACAUUCCAUCCUGACAGCUUUGCCCAGUUAUCGCUACAUGGCCAGUCAUCAAAUAUGGACGCAGGGUCAGGCAUCCAAGAAAGUAGUGACAUCAGCGGUCCUUCACCGCAAUCGUCCAUAUCCACUCCUACGUCACCGAGGCUAAACUCGAAAUACACGCGUCCGCUAUCAUUAGCGCAUGAUCUCCCAUCGUUCCAGUCUCUGUCCGGUCUCUUCAGUGGCGCAUCUUCAGAGGUUCCAGCGUUGCGGUCUUCUUUCCCAACAAGUAAUAUUAGUUCUAUCCUAAAGACUUCUCCGGUGCAAGUGAACCGUAAAGUGGGUCUAGACGAUUUCAACUUUCUGGCCGUGUUGGGUAAAGGCAACUUUGGAAAGGUCAUGCUGGCCGAAGAAAAAUAUACAAACGAGCUUUAUGCAAUCAAGAUUCUUAAAAAGCGUUUUGUUCUGGAUAACGAUGAAGUGGCAAGCACGCGAUCUGAGAAACGUGUGUUUUUGGCGGCGAGCAGAGAACGGCAUCCUUUCCUUAUCAAUUUGCAUUCUACCUUCCAAACAGAAACGCGAAUAUACUUUGUGAUGGAAUAUGUUAGUGGUGGUGACCUUAUGAUGCAUAUCCAGCGGGAGCAAUUUUCUGAAAAACGAGCACGAUUCUAUGCUUGUGAAGUGCUGCUGGCUUUGGAAUACUUCCAUAAACAAGGGAUCAUCUAUCGUGAUCUCAAGCUUGAUAACAUCAUGUUAUGUCUUGAUGGUCACAUCAAACUGGCCGAUUAUGGAUUAUGCAAGGAAAACAUGGGAUUUAACAAUACGACCAACACCUUUUGCGGUACCCCGGAAUUCAUGGCUCCAGAAAUUUUGCUCGAACAACGUUACGGACGAGCUGUGGAUUGGUGGGCAUUUGGCGUAUUGCUGUAUGAGAUGUUGCUGGGUCAGUCACCGUUUAAGGGCGAGGACGAAGAAGAAAUUUUCGACGCUGUUCUGGAAGAUGAGAUUCUGUAUCCAAUUAAUAUGUCUCGAAAUUCUGUAUCUGUCUGUCAAAAGCUACUUGAGCGUGAUCCAUCCAAACGAUUAGGGGCUGGUAAAGCCGAUGCGGCCGAAGUAAAGGCCCAUCCCUUCUUUUCAGGUAUCAACUGGGAAGAGAUGUUGACGAAACAGGUCACCCCGCCUUUCCUGCCAACGGUGAACGGUCGCGCUGACACGUCAAAUUUUGAUGAAGAAUUUACGCGAGAAAUCCCGAUCCUGACCCCCGUAAAUGCCAUGCUGUUACCAGAGGAACAACAAGAGUUUGCAGGAUUUUCAUACGUUGCUAAUUGGGCCAUUGCUGGAUAA